GGAGAAGCCAGCAAUGAGGCAGUCACGCAUGUUGCUAAGAAACCACGUCAUUGGAAGUUACCUUCAAAGUCACAAGAAUGCAGAGAAAUAAACUCAACGUUACAAGAUGAAUGUAGAGAAAUAGCGGAUGAAGUCAAAGAUAUGUCCAUGCAUGAACAUGUCUCUGCUAACAAACCUCACGUUUUGACUGGCGCGGUAACAUGCGGCCACGAAUUACAUCAAGACAAAGUUCCAAAGCAGCCCGAACACUCGAAAACAUCAGGUACACAAUGGAGUCCGGUUAUUUAUUGUGUUAUAUAGUAGGUGUAUGACUUUUUGUGCUAACUGAUGCUUAGUAAAAAUUUGCUGAUAGUAAUAAUCAAAGAAACUGGAGUCACAUAUUCCACCUAUGGACUAGUGGUGCUUUCAAGUUUUUCUCCAGAUACCAGGCAUGAGCUCAUAUUAAGGUCAACUGCAAUGGGUCCAUAUGAAGCUUUGCUCUCAUAAGUCGCCAGGGGGGAGGGGGGAGACUCAGUACAUCGGUGUAUGGUCGCUUUGAUGGUCGGACUGGUUAGAUCGAGGAAAUUGGUAAAUGGAGCAAAGAUCUUCCAUUAAUUGUUAAAGAAAGAGUUUUAAGAUCUUGCCUCAUUUCAGAAAACAGGAAAUGGCUAAACUGACACACUAAAUGUCACUAAAUUUCCACACCACUAAAUUUCCACAUGCACCACUUCCGUCCUAGCUUUAGAUUAUGUUCUUGCGUUCCAGCCUGACCGAUUUCCGUCACUGAAGGGUGAACCCAAAUAAAAUCUGCCUUGUUCAGCGUUUCUCGCCUAGACCAGAAGUAGAUGUGAUGGUAACAUUUCGGACGUGAUUCCUGAAACUAAGCGCAUAAACGCAGGCUACGUCUAUAUUUGCACUUGUGUCUGUAGUUCCACUUGGUCCUUUCUCACAAAGUUUCUUUGACAUUUUGUUUGUAGAGAACGUUGUACAACCUGAAAUAAUAGAACCAAUAAGAUACAAGGUAACUGAAGACUUACUGCGCCCGGGAAGAAUAAAGGAGCAGUCGAAGAAACAGGUGUGUAUAGGACUUCACAGAGUUGAGUCGAUGCUCUCUCAGUUAAACUGUUGUCAUUAAGAGUGGAUUUUCUGACAUAGAGACAGUCAUGUUAUGUUGAAAUUUCACAGAAAAUCAUGGCGUGAAUUUUCAAAUUUUCAGCAUCCAAUGGGAUACCAGAAACCUGGAAUCUGGUAUUCAUCCAGAAAAAUAUUGUUUCCCACAUUCGGGUAAUAGAUAGGUAGCAGAAUCAAAAUAUUUAAGAAAAGUUCAAAAGUAGUUUUCUUUGAGAGAGAACCUGCAUGUAUUCCGGCGGGGAAUAUCGCGUGGAGUAGUGCAAAUUUCAAGCUGUGGCAGUAGUGUGAAUUGAAAUAAAGAUUUUGAACUAAGUGUAAGACUACAAACAAGGAUUGUUAUGUUAUGUUAUGUUAUGUUAUGUUAUGUUAUGUUAUGUUAUGUUAUGUUAUGUUAUGUACAGGAACAGAAACAACUAGCAGUUUAUCGACGGUUAUUUAUGGACAUUGAAAGAGAGCAAGUACGGGAAAAUCUACGAAUGAAAGAACACAGAAAACGUAUGACCAAGUAAGGUGGAUAUUCGAUACUGUCUGUAACUAUAAGAAAACAUUUCGACGUUUCGAAAUGAAUGAAAAUUGUCCAGCACGAAAGAAUCGCUCGCAGGAAAUGUUAUAGCUACAUCUGCACGAAAUUUGUUAGGUUGAAAAUUUGCAAUUUGAAAAUAUAAACUAUAAGCCCAACAACAUAUGGUUGACGGGCGUCUGGCCGUGGUCAACUUGGACAUCAUGACCAUGUUUAGGCACAGAUUUAGCGCAAAAAUACUCAGUUGGUCAACAGGAAUUAUUAAUUUCCAGGUUGUGCUCCCAUCCCACCACUAACGCUUCUGGCCUUUGUUCGUUGAGCUAUGUCGGAAGCCUCAGAUAUUGAGUGUCAGUGAUAGUCGAUGGUAUAUAUAAUUAUGACAAUCAUUUUCACAAUCGACACUGAACCUGCCGUACGUGGAUUAAGACCUUCGUGUUCCUAAAAUACAUGGCAUAUUCUACAAAUGCUCAAUUUAGCCCAUCGUAUGUUUUCUAAUUUAUUUUCAUAAUACAGGCUUAAAAACAAGCAAGAAACAAAACGAAAGGAAGUAGAAUACGAAAUUGAUGAAAUAAUUGAAGAACGAAAUCAAGUUACACAGCAGAAGGUAGUUAGAGAAAUAGAGUAUUGCUUGCGGUGCUAAACAGUGCAGAAAUAGUAUACAAUGUCAUGUAACUUCUGGUGGCGAAAAACGUGCUGAAAAAUGUCUGAAUGUCCCAAUUAGGAAUCAAAUCAAUUGGGCCCUUGGCUUGCUGUUAGCUCACAAUGGACAGGGUACUGGUUGGUUAAAUCAUGGAUAAUAAAAUAAAAUAAAUGGAUAGGAAACUAGCUGACAUGACCUAAUGUUUUCAAUGGGAUGAUGGCGUGGUUGGAUGUUGAAACCUAGUUGCAAACCAAAUUCUCAAAAACGGCAUGUUUAGCAAUAAUACAGCUAAACAUUUUAGUCAAAGAGCAAAUAAAUAUAACUACGCCAUUCUACGAUGAAAUCUCUAAGUAUUUCCAGUCAAUUUUAGCAAAUAUUUCAAGCACUAAGCAGUGAAAAAUGCAUCCCAAAUUUCGUUAAAAUUGGUGACGCCAAUUUCGUAGCUACAAAUGUAAAAAAAUACAAAACAAAGACAAAAACAUUUACCUUGAAUACUUUGUCGUGGCUUAGGCAUUUUUUAAAACAAUUGUUACGAGGCUUUAUUUAGGCAGUGUAGUGAAUCGUUACAACAAUCUUAAAUAAUUAUCAGUUCUUAAUGUUCGUCUUCUCGUAGUAGUUUCCUAAAGUUCACUUCUUUUCACUUUACUCAUCAGUCUUCACUUUACUUCACUUUGCUGAUCAGUCUACAGACGAAUUUCGGUUGUGCACGCCCUUUUAUACUAACGGUUGAGGGAAUCUUUGUCCACGUGAUGUAGCAAGUGGUGUGAUUUGUAUCCAGCCAAUCAACUUUGAGGUUUAAAAGUGUGGGUUGGCGUUGGUAGCUCGUUCCAGCCCUCAAAUUCUGUUUAUUUAACUAUUUAAGGCGUUGUCGCACUUGUCGAGUCGGUUCGCUGUUCAAUCGAUCAAUGUUAAAAUAUGUUCACAACUUGAAAUACUUAUCAAAAUAUCAUAGUAAAAACUUCAACUUAUCUCUAUGUGAACCUUACUUUACCUACUAAACUAAAUUUACUUAUAAUUUUAUCGAACCAAGAUUUUGAUGACGUAAUGUUAUCAUUACUCAACCGCGCGAAAUAUACCGAAGAAUGAUUGACAGAAAUGCCCUAAGCAUGCACAUUUUCAUGUCAGAGAAGAACCAGCCUUGGACUUUGAAUUAUGUAAACACAACAGCCCACCAUGCAAGGUUAUCGUCCAACUUUGACAAAUUGACGAGUUAUCAUAUUAACUUAUCUAUCUUGCCUAAUGGACAGAUAAUUGACAUUUUUACGCACGUCCGAAAUGAGAUAUACUUUAUCUGUUUAUUUUUCGUCAAAAAUGCUCAUUAUCUCUCCAUUCGACGUAACUAGUAUUUUAUAGUUACCUGGGGUGCAAAUUGAACUAUUUUUAUACUAUUUAGAUAUACUUUCGUAACACAAUUAGACCAGUUUAUGCUUCGAUAUUACUCUUUUAAAGCGGAAAUAUAGCGAAACAACAAAUACGCGUGACGUCACAGAUUGCAACUAGGUUGAGACUGACGUCAGCUAGUGUCCUUCCAUUUAUUUUAUUAUCCACAUGCUGUGGUUAAAUCAAAGACCUUAGUUUCGAUUUCCUUGACCCAGGUAUUGCUUCACAUGCAAUGCGUUUUUCCUUUACAGACAGUAUUAGAAAAGAAACUAAGUGAAGACAAUUACAAUAGUGAAAUCCUAAAAGAACACAAAAAGGUGCAGAAAGAAAAAGAACUGGAAAGGUAGAGUAACUUAAUAGUGAAUACUAAAUUGGUUGAUUCUCGUUAAAGGUUUCAGGUAAGUGGUACGAUGUUUGCCCUAAAUCUUAUAGGAAUGUUUUUACUGCUUUACCAAAUCUACCAGGGGCGGCGUAGCAGGUCCUUUUCAUUAUCCAAAAGUGCCCAUGGAAGCAGUGGCGUAACGCUCAUUAGGUAGGGUUAGUUCAAAAACUGUUAGGUAGGUUAGUUCAAAGACGUGUUCUUCAACUGUGAAAAAUAUAAAAAAUAAGCAGAACUUUGAGAGUGAUGGCCCUUUGUCACGCUACUACUAAGUUCUCAAUCUCGUACCCAGAGCCAUCGUUGCUAAGUUCUCGACGGAAGGCCUUAGGUCGAAGUCCUGCUAAUAUUUUUCACGUAGUUGUCUAUCUUCACACCACAGCUGUCAAUUUCUUCAACAGCGUAUUUUCACUUGUUCUUUAGAUACGUGCAUGCCCUUCGAGCUACGCUCAAAGAAAAGCUUGUGAAACGAAAGCUUCACGUUCCUGCGUUGUGUUCCUGUGGUCCGACGAUAUUUGAUACAAAUCCAGAAACCUGCGCAAACAACUGUAUAUUUUACAAAAAUCAUAAAGGUCGGUAAGAUAGGCAACCUUUGUUGUGUUGACAGUCAUUUGGCCAGGCGACCGCCCAACUGUCCUAAGGACGGCCAUGCAAUCAGGGGCGAAACUAGGCUAACUAGCCCCUUUUAAUUCGGAGGGUGUCUGCCAGAAUUGCCCUGCGAAAACCGAUGAUGCCCUCAGCAAUUUUUUUAUUUCUGGCCACUAUUUUUCCCAAAAACGUUGGCGAGCGGGGCGGGGGGUUGAAAAAAUUUUUUCCGGACAAAAAAAGGGUCGAAAAAUUUUUCCGUACAUAAACCAGUUAAAUUAAGGGUGAAAAAAUUUUUUUCGUACAAAUUGCUGUUAAAACAUGGGUGAAAUCCUUAUUUUUGGACCAAUAUCUGCAAAAUUUAGGGCUAUAAAUUCUAUUCAAUUCUCUCUGAAAGCCCUGUAAGUUACUUAAUAACUCUACAUUCUAUCAUUUAAAAUCUUUGAUUGCCCUGCCAAUCCAGAUCAUUCGCCCUGCCAAUCCUGAUGAUUCGUAUUUUGGGGGGUGUCACCCCCCCCCCAUACCCCCUAAAGUUUCGCCCCUGCAUGCAAUUUGGAACUUAGACAGCCAUGGACAGGCAAAGAAAUUUUCUUCUCUAAACAGCGACUCACAAGCUUUGUGAUACUUCUUAAUACCUCGAAAGUUUUGGAUUGCAAAAGUUGUAUUGCAACGAUACUUUUUUGUCGAAAAGACACUGAAUUUAGUGUUAGCAAAUUGGUGGCAAAAUUGUACAUUUGAUGAUAAAAGCACACAACUUGGAAUAAUGUCAGGGUAUACCCUAAGGACAUUUUUUUGCUGUAGGCCGGGCGUUACAGAUUAGUUCCUCGUUGCCACAAAAUUUUGUUUUUCCUACCAUUUACCUGGUAAUUAGAGUACUACUAUCUUAUAAAAAUGCGAAAUUUCAUCAAAGUUCACUUUCAGCGAAUAUCACCUAUAUCGUUAGAAAGGUCCCAAAAAACUAUGUGAAGAACAUUUUUAAAUACGGUCCGUUAGAAAAAACUGGAAUUAGCUGGGGGCGGGGUAUAAAAGCUGUUUACGACCUUGGCUUCACUUUUUUUCUCAUGGGCCGAAUGACUGAUGUUCUUGCUCCAGAUAUAUAUGGAGCUCACUGCAAAAUAAAGGCUUGAUGAGUAUUUCAACUACGUUUUAACUUAAUUAAAAUACACGAUGGUGUUAGGAAAUCAUUAAGAUUCGCGUGACUGCCAAUGGCAACUCUCAUUCAAUUCCAUCCUCGUUUGAUCCAGGCGUAACUUCAACAGACUAUUGACACAAACACAGAAUGGAAAAAUAUGUGUACAGGGAUAAAUAUGUCUUGUGUAAAAGGUGCUUGUAAUUUCAAACAUUUUCAGAAAUAUCAAGCCUAUGCCAAAACUCCCAACCCCCUCCCCGUCUGGAGUACAUUAGGAUUAAUUCUUCUCAAGGUGCUGCACCGCACGUUUUAUCGAAUUUCUAUGGCGAGUGGUAACGGUUACGUUUUAGCAGUAUGAGGGUUGGUCGGAGAUUGCCCGCCCCCCGCCCCAACUUUGAUAAAAGGCAAGUACAGAACUCGAUAAAAAUAUAAUUUCAUAUGAAGAAACAUCUUCUCACCUAUAUUUUCCUGAUGUUCUGUUUCUUUUAUUAAGGUUACGCAAAGGCACUGUCUUCUAUCCUGUCAACAUCUGACCUGGAUCUAUAA